ACCUCAGUUAUCUGUUACAUUUCGCAGAAAGCAGACAGUUUACACAAAUUCCCAACAUAUUAACUGUCAAACCGGACCAACAAGGCUGCAAUACUGUACAAUACAGUCGUGCCGGUUCAAGAAUGUCUAAAGAAAGCGAUUCCAACCGGUGCUUUCUGUGUUUUAAAUCUUCAACGCUAGAGUGCUCUGAAUGCAGGUUGGUUUAUGCGUGCAGUACAAAACAUCUCAAGGAGCAUAGAAAUGGAGACUUUUGCUCUCCGUUCAGGGUUGAGUUCAGAGACGAUGUUGGGAGGUAUUUAGUAUCAACCAGGAAUAUUAAGAAGAAAGAGUUAAUUUUAACAGAGCCCCCGUUUGUGACCGGACCGUCCCUAGGGAGGGGCCUGGUUUGUGCUGAAUGCUUGAAAUCUAUCAAGAUCUCGGUUCCCUGCUUCUCCUGCAAUAUUCCACUCUGUAACCAAUCCUGUGGAGACAAGGCAAACCACAGGUUGGAAUGCCAGUACUUCCAGAAUCCCCUACUUCAGGGUGCACUCGGAGAAAGUGAUAAUGCUCAAACCGUUCUGGACAUAAUUCUUCCUUUAAGAUAUCUUCUGAAAUCUGAAUAUUUACAGCAAACUGUCACGGAUCUGAGUAAAGGAGAACCUUGGCCUGAACCUGAAACCAGCAGUGGGUUAAAACAGGUUCUCUGCCUCGAGGAGCACAGGGAGCUGCUCCAGGACUGUAUGAGAAUAGUGUUCACUAACUCUAAAUCUCUGGUGGAUAUUGGGCUCACGGGUUCAGCAGUUUAUAAUGUCUACUCUCUCAUGAACCAUAGCUGUGUUCCAAACACAAAUCUAAGCAUAGCUAAGGAUCUAAGUAUCCGGGUAGUGUCGAAUACAGAUAUUGGAGCUGGUACUGAGAUCAGUACUAGAUAUGGAGGAUUAAAUAUUGGGCAACCAAGGAGAUCCGAGCUUCUCUACCAACACUGGAGGUUCAGGUGCAAAUGCUCUAGGUGUGAGGAUCCUACGGAGCUCGAGACUAGAACUAGUGGGAUUUUGUGUCAGGUUCAAGACUGCUCCGGGUACAUUCUUCCAUACACGUCUUUACUCUGGAGGUGUGAAACCUGCCAGGGGAUCUCUGGGUUAGAUUAUGUUCUCCGGGUUAUCAGGAAAGCUGAGAGUAACAUCAAGAACAAUCUGGGAGGAGAACCUGACUCCGGGAUCCUGGAGAAAACUAUUUCCGUCCUGGAAACCUCGCUUCAUCCAAACCAUUAUCUAAUAUCACAGGUAAAGUUUGUUCUUGUAAGUUGGUAUGCCCAGGCAGGAAGAGAACUGAGCAGAGAAGAACAAGAACGUAUUGUUCAAGUAUCUCUCCAGCUUAUAGAUCUACUACAGAGAUUAGAUCCAGUAAAUGUAACACUGGGACGUGUUCUCCGUAUUCUAAUCCCGGUCUGGAGCCAGGCAAAUAAACAGGUAAAUAAACAGGAUUUUGAAUCAGGCAUUAUUGAGAAGAAAGAAUUUGAACGGAAUAAAUUAAAAUGUUUUGAAUUCGUAGAUUUGUUAAUUGCUUCUUCAAGUAUUAAUAAAGCAAAACCUAACUGAUCCAAUUCGAUUGAGAAAAAAUUUUAUCAACAAUUCCAUUUUUUAGAUGUUA